AUGCCUCCACCGUACUUCGUCGGGAGUGGAGAGGGUAAACAAGGCGCUCACCACGAGUCUAUUUCUGCGCUCUGGAAUCUGAAGUGGAAGAAGAGGGCAACCCUCGGCAUCUACCCCUUCAUGGAAGGCAAACUCGAGGAUUUCGAAGAAGUUUUUGCUCACUUUGCUGAGAACAACAUAUACCCACCCUACGACUUUGAAGUCUACUCGCAACCCUUCUUCCCCGCCGCCGAGAGACUGGAAGAACGCGCCGCCAUUGCCGAAGCCUCUGGAGACUUUGAACUGGCUUCUGAACUUUACCUUCGUGCUGCUUGCGUCUAUCGUACUGCCCGCCAGCCUUGCCCCAUCUCCCCUCGUCAAAAAUUCGCUUUCCAGAAACAGAAGCAGGCUUUCUUUAAGGGAGCUUCGUACCUUGCUGCUCCGCUCAUCGAACAUCUGAUCCCACAUACCCACGCCAAGCCCGGAACCAAAGAACAAUACACCUCCAUUCCCGUUACUGUACGUCUUCCUGAGGGCGCUAAACCCGGCCAAACCUUCCCUACCGUUCUUCAAAUCUAUGGUCUCGAUGGCUACCGCACCGAGCACACCAUGCCAUCUUCUCACCAUAUCGCCCGCGGCUGGGCUUCCAUCGCCGUCGAAAUCCCUGGUACUGGCGACUGCCCAGCUGACCCCAACGACGCUACCUCCCCCGAUCGUCUCUGGAGCUCAGUUCUGGACUGGAUUGAGCAGCAACCAUGGGUGCAGCAAGGCAAACUCGUAGCCUGGGGCGUGUCUUGCGGUGGCUACUACGCCAUGCGCAUCGCCCACACACACGCUGAACGCUUCGCCGGCGUCGUUGCCCAAGGCGGCGGCUGCCACUCCAUGUUCGACCCGGAGUGGUUGGAAAUCGCUUCGCAUAUGGAAUACCCCUUCGACUUGACGCAAGUCCUAGCUCUUAAAUUUGGCUACGAUGAUGUCGAGAAGAUGAAAAUUGAUUCCCGGUCUCGGUUCUCCUUGCUUGAGAACGGAAUUCUCGAUAUGGCUAGCUGCAGAAUGCUGCUUGUUAACGGCAUGUUAGAUGAGCUGUUCCCGAUUGAAGACUGCUUGUUGCCACUCCGGUACGGGAGCCCGAAGGAAGUUAGGUUCUUCGAGGACUCGAAGCAUAUGGGUGAGCCGCAUGCCAGGAAGUUCAUUUUAGAGUGGGUGGAAAGCAUCUUUGCGAAUGUGGGCGGGAACAAGGUGCUUACGAACUGGGAGAAGCAGAAGCCUGCGACUGCUGUCCCAAAGCCUGUUCCUAAUGGCGUUGCGGUUGGAGUCCAGAAGCAACUGACUAACGGUGUUACGAACGGGGAAGCGAAGAAGGUUGUCAAUGGCGUGCAUGGUGGUAAGAAACUGGCUGUCAAUGGCGUCAAUGGAAUUGAGGGAAGGCAUGUUCUCAAUGGUUGCUAG